UGUUGGAAGGAGAAAGGAGCAUAAUCUAGUGAGGAAGAGGGGCAACAUCAACAUUUGACCUCCUCCGACGUUGAAGGAGAUAUUUGAUUCUUGAAAGUGCAAGCAGCAGCUAGCAAGGGAAUUAAGUUAGUUAGUAAAUCCGUCAACCAUGAACUAUGGCCGAAAGACAUGACAUGUGUUAAACGAAUUAGCUAGCCGGUGGCCGGUGGCCGGUGGCCGGUGGCAAUGUUGCGACUUGCGGCUUGCUAGCUUCUUCAACAUAUUAAUUCAGUUCCCAGCUCGAUCAGUAUUCAGUCAGUCCACAUUUGAAGUCGCAAUGAUUAUUCUGACCCUCCCUUCCUCCCACUGAUUCAAUGAUGAAUGCUACUAAUGAUGAAGAGUCUUGCUUGGACAAGAGUGUCCUGAGCUACAUAAAGCAAAUGCUGAUGGAAGACGACACCGAGGAGAGGUACAGUAUGUUCCAUGAUUCCUUAGCCCUCCAACACACUGAGAGAUCAUUUUUGGAGGCUAUCAAUCACAACUAUCCUUCUCCUUCUUAUUCUUCUUCCACACACUAUCAUCUUGACAACUACCCCAGCGUGGAGAGCCCUGAGCCAUGUCUCUCUGCUUGCUCCGCUGAUAACAUUACUUUUAGCGCUUCCAGUAGUUGCGCUAGUAACAAUACUACCAGCUCCUCUGAGUUUCCCUUGAGAAGCCUUUACCCUCUACUUCCUGACACUACUGAUGAAUUUGUUUUCCACUCAAAUUCCACCCAAUCUACCAUCAAUACUCCCUUUGGAUUCUUCGACAAUCCCCUCGCUGAAAUUUUUGAGAGACGUGUAGACCUAGGUACUCUGUUCCUUCCUGCCAACACACCUUUUUCCUCUUCUUUCACAAAGGUUCCUCAUGUUGUAAUUAAGACAGAAGCAGAAGAAGGAGAUCAUUUUCUGACAGGAAGGAAACAAAGGGAGCGGGAAGAGUAUGAAGCUGCAGAUGGGAGAAGCAGGAAGCAAUCAGCAGCACAUAUGGACGAGAGUGAGCUAUCCGAAUUGUUUGAUAAAGUGGUUCUAGGCACUGACUUAAGAAAACGGGUACCUCCUAACACAACCCAUAAAACAACAAUAUUAACAAACAUGUUGUAUGGUGGAGAUGUCUGGGAAAAUGAUGACCAAGUUGUGGAUCUGAGGACACUGUUGAUGCUAUGUGCACAAGCCAUUGCUUCUGAUAAUCCUUCAUCUGCUAAGCAGUUGGUAAAACAGAUUAUGCAGCAUUCUUCUCCAACAUGCAAUGAGACUCAGAGGCUUGCACAUUACUUUGGAAAUGCACUUGAAGCACGCUUGGAUGGAACAGGCUACAAGGUUUGUAGUGCUCUAUCAUCCAAAAGAACCUCUGCCAAAGACAUGAUAAAAGCUUACCAUGUAUACGCUUCAGUGUGCCCCUUUGAAAAGCUAGCAAUCAUUUUUGCCAACAAUUCAAUUUGGAAUCCAAGUGUGGAUGCAAAAGCAAUUCACAUCAUAGACUUUGGCAUCCGCUAUGGCUUCAAAUGGCCUGCACUUAUCAGCCGUCUAUCAAGACGUUCUGGUGGGCCACCCAAGCUACGAAUCACGGGGAUAGAUGUGCCACAACCUGGUUUAAGGCCACAAGAGAGGGUGCUCGAGACAGGGCGUAGACUUGCAAAUUUUUGCAAGCGUUUCAAUGUUCCAUUUGAGUUCAAUGCUAUUGCACAGAGAUGGGACACCAUCAGAGUUGAAGACCUCAAGAUAGAGCCAAACGAAUUUGUAGCUGUGAACUGCUUGUUUCAGUUUGAGCAUCUGCUUGACGAGACAGUGGUGUUGAAUAAUUCCAGGGAUGCUGUUCUGAGGUUGAUUAAGAAUGCAAAUCCAGACAUAUUUGUGCAUGGCAUUGUCAACGGAUCCUAUGAUGUACCAUUCUUUGUGUCACGGUUCCGGGAGGCUCUCUUUCAUUACACUGCAUUGUUUGACAUGCUUGACACCAACGUUGCUCGUCAAGAUCCCAUGAGGUUGAUGUUUGAGAAGGAGUUGUUUGGACGGGAGAUAGUGAACAUCAUAGCUUGCGAAGGUUUUGAGAGGGUUGAGAGACCACAAACAUACAAGCAAUGGCAGCUUCGGAACAUGAGAAAUGGGUUUAGGCUGCUUCCUCUGGAUCAUCGAAUCAUUGGCAAAUUAAAGGAUAGGUUGAGAGAUGAUGCGCACAACAAUAAUUUCUUGCUUGAGGUUGAUGGCGACUGGGUGCUACAAGGUUGGAAGGGUCGAAUUCUAUAUGCCUCCUCUUGUUGGGUACCUGCAUAGCAUAGGCCUUGAACAUUAUUUAUUCCAGAUUACAAAAAUCUAGUCUUACACACAACUAUUAGUACGUCUCCUUCAAUCUCCCUAGCUCAUUUGUUGUUUUUUAUGAUAAGGAAAAACCAAAGUUAUAGUUAGUUUCUUUCAAUGUGUAGUUUGUUUAGUACUUACAUAUCUAACAAAUUCAGCAAAUACAAUUGAGAGCCGCAAAGAA